UUUCUCUCGAGCCUUCAGACAUGGUGGUCGAGAGCCUGACCGGUUUGGAGCUAAUGCGGGAUUCGACCAUAGUCGUGGGAUCCCUAGUCUCUUUCUUCAUUUUUACUCGGAUGCGCAUAGCUGCCAAAUUGUUUAAAAAUUGUGAUGUCGGCCACGCCAAGGCGUCCGUUAUUCUGUUCACGACCAUCAUCGCCAUAUCUUGUUCGAUGUUCGAGUUCAUCAUUUUCGAAAUUCUGGGUAUUUUGAAUCAAUCAACCAGGUGGACCAUUUGGAAGUUGAGUCAGGGAUUGAUGGUGACUUUGCUGGUAUUCGUUCUCCCUUGCUAUCAGGCAUACAUCAUUUGUAUUUCCCAUCGCCUGUGUCGACCCUUCGCAUGGGGAUUUUCUGUUUUUUUUGAAUUCGUCUUCUUAUACAUUUUUAGGAGGCUAAGCGACUUUCUCCCAAUCUUUGAGGACAAAAAUUCUAUUUCAUUGAUCGCUUCAGGAAUCGGCAGAGUAGGUGUACUAGGGAUUACUGUAACGGCUGCGUUAUCCGGAUUCGGCGCGGUCUCAUUUCCUGUCGCCCAUCUGAAGAUUUUUUCUAGAAAAAUCAGCUCGAAUUACCUUUUCGAGCUCGAAAUGCAAUUAGCUCAUAACCUGAAAGUUCUUGUCGAUAAGAAAAAGGCGCUGUUGCUCCGGUCGAUGGCCAAAUGCAAAAACAACCCGACCAUGAACCAAAAACCAUCCCUUCUUCUGGCAGAGUAUUCAAACACAGUUUAUGUUCAGGACAGCCCGCAGCUUGCAGAAGAAAUCAAGGCAUUGGAGCGCCUUUUAACAGAACAAUAUCUGGAAUUUCAUUAUCUAAGCUCUGAGCGAAGUCAUGCCAAAUCCAUCGAAAAUCGGAGAGGAUUCCUCCGUAAUGCAAUUGCUUAUAUUUUGUCCAUCCACGUUAUCUACAAGUUCUGUAUGUGCAACAUUAACAUCUUAUUCAACAGAAAAUCUAGGAUAGACCCAGUCACAACCCUCCUUUCCGCUAUAUCCAAUUGGUUUGGUCUAAGAAUUAGCGUGCCAUUUUGGUCGCAGAACAUUUCAGUCAUGAUAAUUGGAUUGAUGAUUGUACAAGCAAUGAAGACUUUCUUUAACAGACUAACGCACUUUUUUCUGAAUUAUUCAUAUUCUAUCACAUCAUCUAGCAUUAUUUUAUUGGUCAGUCAAAUCACGGGCAUGUAUUUUAUCAGUGUUAUUUUCUUGAUCAGAGAGACGCUUCCAGAAAGUUACAGGACCAUCAUCAUGCUGAGCUUGAGUGGUAUGCGUUUCGAGUUUUAUCGUUUCCUAUUCAAUCUGUUUUUUAUCUUUUCGGCAGUCUGUGCCGCGUUGAUGGUAGCAAUUCAGAGGAGGGUUUAUAGUGUGGAUUGACACGAUGUAUUAGUGAUUUCGAGCAAUGUUCUUUGAAAAUGAAGUUGGCGACGUCAUCAUCUCUUCGAUGCAAGAAUUAAGCUGCACGUCGCCGUAUUGUUGUAGUCUCUCCAGAAUGUUGUGAGCGACGAGUUGUAUUUGGCUGUCGUUCGUCCCGGGCGCUGAUAAUUUGGCCAAUGUAUAGAGAAUUAUAGGAUGAUUCAACUUUUGAUAAAAAUUUGGAUUGGAGGCGAA